UCCAGUGUCAAAGAUGGUCUUUGCCCUUUGUACGCCUUCUGUCCUCUCUCUCUCUCUCUCUCACUAACCCCAAAGCAACUCCAAAUACUUAAUACUCUUUUUCUCUGCCUCUUUUUUCUCUGUCUUGUCUGUGAGUGUUUUUUUUUUUCUUGGUAUGAACUAAUGCUCUAUGCAACUUUAAGUUAUGGGUUUUGGUGGUGUGAUGACAAUGGAGACCAUUCAAGAAUCUGAUAACAUUUCAAAAUCUGAGACUACUACUAAUAAUGGAUCUGGACAGCAAAUGAAACAAGAGAGAUCUGGUCCAUGUGAUGAUAUUAAUUGGAGGCUUUCUAAAGUUGCUAGACCUGCUGAUGACUUUUCUGGUCUUUGUAUGAGAUCUGGUUCAUCAACAAAUGAUGGACGCGGUCACUCUACUAUGUUGAGUUUUUCAUCUCCAAAAUCUGAAGAAAUACCAUUUCUUUGUACCAAUAAUAAUGUUUCUGUUCAAGACUCAUCUAGAAGUGUUGCUUUCCCUUUGUUUGAUUCUGGAUCCCAAUACAACAGAGCUGCUUCAGCUUAUGCCUCUGGAGUAUCGAAUGAGAGCACGCGUGGCCCGUUUGCUAGGUUCAGAGGUCCAUUUACUCCUUCUCAGUGGAUGGAGUUGGAACAUCAGGCUUUGAUCUACAAACACCUCGUGGCAAAUGUCCCGGUCCCUCACCAGUUGCUUAUUCCUCUUAAAAAGUCUCUGAACCCUUAUGCAUUUUCCGGAUUAUCCGCUGGAUCCUAUGCCUCCAAUUGGGGAUGGGGUGCUUUCCAUCUUGGUUUUGCAAACAACACUGAUCCCGAGCCGGGUAGGUGUCGUCGAACAGAUGGAAAGAAAUGGCGGUGCUCACGAGAAGCUGUUCCUGAUCAGAAGUACUGUGAAAGGCACAUAAACAGAGGCCGCCAUCGUUCAAGAAAGCCUGUGGAAGGCCAAAAUGGCCAUGCUGUCUCUGGAUCCACCACUUCAAAGGUGGCAUCGGUUGCGCCCUCCUCAUCAGCGUCGGUGAUAUCCAGCAGCGGUGUAUCCAACAGCCUUGGUGCUGUUCAGCACCAGUUCAAUAGCUUGCAGCCCAGCGCUGCUAAUCCUUCCACUGUGCAGCUUGUCAACAGAAUGCAAGAUCAUAAAGGUGUCUCUUUGAUAUCUCCAACAAUUGGUUUAAAGCCCAAGGACUCAGCUAUUUCAGUUCAAAAGCAACAUAAUGGAUUUGAACUAUCCUCACAGACAAAUUUUGGACUAGUUUCAUCGGAUUCUCUUCUCAAUCCUUCACAAAGAAAUUCCUUUGUAAAUCCUAAGAAUCCUAAUGCUUUCCUAGAUUUCAAUGACCAAGAACAAAGUGAACAACAUCCAGUUCACCAUUUCAUUGAUGGUUGGACCAAGGAACACUCAUCACGCGCCUCUGCAUCUUGGCCAGAUGAACUUAAAUCAGACUGGACUCAACUGUCCAUGUCCAUUCCCAUGGCUGCCUCAGAUUUCUCAUCGUCCUCAAGUUCUCCUCAGCAAGAGAAGCUCACUCUUUCACCUUUAAGGUUAUCUCGUGAUUUUGACCCCAUCCAAAUGGGCUUAGGAGUGACAAAUAGCUAUGGUGAACCGAUGCAAAAGACAGCUAACUGGGUACCAGUAUCCUGGGGAAAUUCACUUGGUGGUCCAUUAGGCGAAGUCCUGAACAGUACUGCAGGUAGUGCGGGAGAUGGAAAGAAUGCGUCAGCUCUGAACUUGGCAACAGAGGUUUGGGAUAACAGCCCUCCAUUUGGAUCAUCUCCCACAGGUGUCCUGCAGAAGUCAACCUUUGUUUCACUCUCAAACAGCAGUUCAGGAAGUAGUCCACGAGGUGACAGCAAGAAGGUUCAUGAGGAUAUUGGCAUGUGUGAUGAGGUGGUCGGUUCUACGCUGGCGAGUUCUUUGUGUAUUCCCUCGAUGUAAGUCUCGUGGUUCAUUGAGAAAAGACACUAGUAGUGUACUCGACCGAUCCUGAGCAGUAGAAAGUUACUUUGAUGGUUAUUUCCCCUUUGCUCGCUUUUCAGGGUCGGCAUGUUUAUCAAAGCAGAUACUUUUGAUAAGUAUGUCCUGUUGUAACUUAAACAUACAUUUGAUGUUAGCUUAUCCUUCCGGAGAACUCAGUGUAUUUGUGAUUGUUACCUUGUUGUUCCUGUAAAAGUAAUGUGGAAUUCUCGUUUUCGUAAGCUUUUCUUUAUUGGAGGUUUACAUAAAAAAAUAAGUUAUUUGCA